CUUGCUGGAAACGGCUAAGUAUGGCAAAGGCACCAUACAGGUGUGUCGAAUGUAGCUCCAGUGCAUACGAGCUUCACCGAGAUUACAGCAAUGGGAUACUGAAAAUAACCAUAUGUGACUCGUGCCAGAAGCCCGUGGACAAGUAUAUCGAAUAUGAUCCAGCUAUUAUUUUAAUUGAUGCCAUUUUAUGCAAAACCCAAGCCUUCAGGCACAUCAUAUUUAAUACAAAAAUAAACAUCCACUGGAAGCUGUGUGUAUUCUGCCUCCUUUGUGAGGCGUACCUGCGGUGGUCGCAGCUGCAGGGGUCCGAGCACAGCAGCGAUCCGGCAGACAUCAUCCGGUACACCAAAGAAUGGGAUUUCUACUGCAUGUUCGGAUUCGCAGCCCUGGAGUUGGCCGUUUUCUUGGGUGGAGUGGUAGCCUUUGUGUGGAUGGUACAAAGGUUUUUCCAGUCCAGUGUGGAGCUGCCCACGCUGCUCAAGGCCCUUCUCCUGUCCAGCUAUGGGAAGCUGCUGCUCAUCCCAGCGGUCAUAUGGGAGCACGACUACUCCCCCCUCUGCUUCAGUCUCAUCAAGCUCUUUGUGCUCACUUCCAACUCCCAGGCUGUCCGAGUCAUUCUGAACUGCAGCAGAAGACUGUCCAUUUUGGCGGUGUGUGUGGGGUUGCUGAUGGAAACCUGUGCAGCAGUUGCAUCCCAGAGACUGCAGUGGAGCGUGCAGGACUUCCUGCUGAGCCAGUGACCCAACACUGACCCUCCCCAGGACUUGAGCUGCCAGGGAAUUAAAGCCAAUGGGAAAAAGGGGCACUGUGAGAAGUGUGUCCUCUGAAAUGAAAGGGAGAUGUCGAAACCUCCACAGACGGCCUCUCGGUGUUUAGGCUGGAGUUGGUGGCGGG